UCAUAGUUUCAGACUUCCAGUUAUUCAAAUUGCGUAAAAAACUAUGUUGCCCUAAAUUUAAAUCGUCUACAGUUAAGACUCCCUCCACCAUUAAACCAUUUCACUUCCAUUCAUUGAUUUAUUUUUUCUGAUUAUUUGGAGAAUUAAGCGGAAUUCAUGAUCAAUUGAUCUUCAAGCAACUAAUUUUCAAACUCCUGUUGCUGUUCAUCUGUGCUGUUUUCAACUGAUUAAUCCAAAUUCUUCAAGCAAAUCGAGCAUUCGGGCAUCUCCAAGAUAAGGUUAAAUGGGUAACAAUGAAACUCCACAGUCCACUAGAAGAAUAACAAGAUCUUUGGCUGCUGCUGUCGAAUCGGAUAAUGGUUCAGAAAAACCAAAAAAGAGUAUUUCCUACAAGCCAACAAUUAAUGAUCUUAUAUACGGGGAGAGUAAACCUAUAAGCUUGGAUGAUCUACUUUCUUGCUUUCCUGGUAGAACUACUCAGAUUAAGGAGGUUUUACGUCAUUUGGGUCCCUUAAAUUCCCCUAUGCUUCCUCUCUUUAUUUAUGGUGGCGCUUCAACUGGGAAAACUAGCAUCAUCCUUGACAUUUUUCGACAUCUCAAGCGUCCGUUUGUGUAUUCAAGCUGUCUUACAUGUUAUAGUCCUAAGAUUUUGUUUGGGUCAAUCUUGAAUCAGUUGGCCUUUCAUAAAAGGGAUGAGGAAAAUGGUUAUGUGAGUGUUAAGAAAUGUGAUAAACCUUCUGAUUUCUCAAACUUUCUCCGAGAAGCGUUGGUUAAUGUAUUGAACAUCUUAAAGGGGAAGUCUGCAAAAUUGAGCUCUAAGAAUUCUUCAGACACAUGGGGGAAUAUGAUUUACUUAAUCUUUGAUGAUUUUGAGCUUGUUAGAGAUUGGGAUAAAAGCUCAACAAUUUUACCUUUUCUGUUUGGUCUUCAUCGUUUGCUGGGUUUGCCUGAAGUUGGUAUUAUCUUCAUAAGUAAGGUCUCUCCUGAUGCUUACUAUUCAAAUGCUGGUUAUAUAGAGCCUAUCCCCUUAUACUUCCCCGGAUAUUCCGAAAAGGAUCUUAGUGAAAUCUUUGUACAGAAACAAGAAAAUCCUGAGCAUUAUACCUUUUUCCUUGAUGUUGUGCUUAAGCCUUUCUAUAGAGUCACUAGACAAGUCGAUGAAUUGUCUAUUGCAUUCCACCCUCUAUAUGAGAAGUACUGUGAACCCUUAAAAGAUCCAGGAUCUAACAUCAGCUGGGAAACUAAACAAAAAAGAGAAGAGGCAAAGAGAAAACUUUAUAGCCAUCUUGCACCGCAUCUUCGUACCUCCCUGCAUGAAGUAUUCCGAAUUAUGUCUCCAGAUGUUGAAGCCAAAGAUGAUAAAGCUAAGGGACGAGGGAGUGCUAAGAAAUUGGGAGGAGCUCAGGCUGAAGAGUUGGAUUUUCACAUGUCAGUUUCUGCAAAAUAUCUUCUUAUUUCAGCGUUCCUUGCUUCUAGAAACCCAGCUACGCUUGAUGCAUCCGUAUUUGAUCCUACAGGAGGUCUUAAUAGUCGCAAAAAAAGGAGAAGGUGUUCUGAGAAAACAAUCGAGAAGAAAGAAACGGCGGAGCAGGAAUUACUUUUGAAGGGUCCAGGGACUUUCCCCUUGGAAAGAUUGCUAGCUAUCUUUCAGUGCAUCACAUCCUUUGCAGAUGUUUCUGCCGAUGAUGAGGUGGAUGAUGAUGAUGACGAUGACAACCCCCUGGGAAACCAAGUAGCUCAAAAUGAACUCACAUCUAAUGUGCUCUUGCAAGUGUCUAGUCUCUGCAAUGCUAAUUUUAUAAGCAAGGGAAGCAGUUGUCCUCUGGAGGGCUCAACUCGCUACAAGUCUACCGUUUCUGAAGAUUUAGCUCUGAAGAUUGCAAAGAGCCUCCAGUUUCCCCUCUCGAGAUAUCUGUAUAGAUGAGAUGACGACAUUGCUAUGUAGCGACUAGCAAGAUUUGAUUGUACUUUUCUUGUACUGAAUCCUACACCACUACGUUAUUGAGAAUUUUGGUUUUAGGCUAUUUUGAGUUAAUCGCAAAUUCAUAAAGCAAAUUGGCUGGCGAAUUAUGUUACAUUGGCAUCAAUAAUCAAGUAACAUAUGGGCGGGAGGAAGUUUCACUUGAUUGAGAAUGCGAUGCGUAACUGAGGGACGAUGCAAACAAGCUUGGCUAUAUAUGUUUCCUGCUGCGGUUGAAUUUAUGUUCAUGUAAAUGAUCAAUUGGUUUGGCUUGUUGAAGCAUUUGUUAUGCUUCCAAUCCCUUAAUUCUAGUGAAGGAUUUUGAGAAAUGUCAUUGGUUUGUAAAAUAGUUUUCGAUUUAUGCCUUUUCGAGGUGAUGUUGUAACAUAAUAUUUAUUAAGCUACAUUUUCUGCCAAA